AUGUUGGGAAUUAUUAUAACUACUAAUGCCGAUGACUUUGGGCAAAUCUCUAGGAACUGCUUUUCCGCCGAUCCGCCCACCAACUGCUCAAACGGCCGUCUGACCGCCUGGCAAUUCAACGCCUCCCUUGGCGACUGCCAAACUUUGCGGGUGUGUCCGGUCGCAGAACCCAGACCUGCCGAUGUCGGCACUGGCAGCAACUUGCAAGACCGGUUGGCAGCAAGUCCAGUCGCCUCACAACCGCCAAUUGCGUCUGAGUCUGCCUCAGGCCUGUUUGGUGCACACGUCGGUGGCGUCGGUGGUGUAGUCUUCGCGGAAGGCGGCAGAAGUGGCGAAGACCCUGAAGAAGAUGCUGCUACAAAAGGGGCUGUCGAAAGGCUUGGCGAGCACGAGUGGCCCAUUCUUAUGACUCGAUUUUUUGGCGUCUCGACGCCCGGUUUAUAUGCAACCCGGGCUGCCUGCCAGUACCACUGUCUUCCAAUGCCGCCUAGAGGCACGCAGUUGGGAUUCAUAACACCUUAUAUAAAAGACGCUUAUCCCUUGACCGACUUUGACGACUUGGAGCCGCUCUCCGACGCUGCCGAAAUUUCCACCGGCCAAACGUCUGGGAAUAUACCCAUGCUGUAA